GCGAAAGCAAGGGUGGAGAACAGCUCGAAUAUUUGUUCCCACACAGGAUCUCCUCAACAUGGCGACGAUUGACGACAAGCGCGCCGGCACAAAGGAAGAAGAAGAAGACUUCUUGACCGGCCCUCUGUCCGUUUUGAUGCAAAGUGUCAAGAACAAUUCCCAAGUGCUCAUCAACGUGCGCAACAAUCAUAAGUUAUUGGCCCGCGUCAAGGCGUUCGACCGUCACUGCAACAUGGUGCUGGAGAACGUCAAGGAAAUGUGGACCGAAGUGCCCAAGUCGACUAAAGGUAAGGGCAAGCCGAAAAACGUCGAGCGCUUCAUCAGCAAAAUGUUCCUGCGUGGCGACUCGGUCAUUCUUGUCUUGCGAAACCCCCAUGCAUAAGCGACGGCCACGCUGUAAUUCACCUCAAUAAACCACCUCCAACUUCUCUAUAUCGACACCAAUGAACCGAUACGAGUCCCCAUGCUUGGUCCGCGCAUUCC